AGUGUGCUGUGUGGAGAGGGCUAGCUGAGAGCUCAGGCCCGUUAAUCCGAAAUGUAGCUGAACUGAUCUGGUUCCUCCUGCUGCAGACAGUGGUCGCUGCACGGGUGUGUUGACAUGGAUACUCUCUAUCGCCAAUGUUUAUGUAGCGAAUUGAACAAAGUUGUCGCUUUACGCUUCUUCUGAUACAUCUUGUUGUAAUUUGGUGCAAAUUACUCACCAACCUCCACUUCUGAGUGAGCAAAAAAUAACAAAAAGCAAUGCAAAUAUUACAGUCGGAAAGCAGCUUAGUGUUUCCAAACUAGGCCUCAAGGCGCCUCGGAUUUUCCCAAGGACUUCAACCGGUAUGACGCUACUGGCCCUCGGUUAUCUAGCGACACUCUGAACUCGGUGUCAAGUCAUGGCAUAUGCUGGCUGCUGUGUUUGACUGCACUGGUGACGAAAACCUUGCCUGAUGCCAUCAGAAGCAGACUUUUGCCCCUGCCAUCGUUUUCCACAGUCUAACAUAUUGCCAUUAAAGUGACUGUCCACUGUCAAAUGAACAGGGCCACUGUGCCUGUCCACAGUUAACAGCUGUGUGCACUGUGGUGCCUAAAGGAAGAUCGGAGUUCAGGCUUAUCUUCUGGUGCUUAAAUACGCUGCCCACAAAUUCAGUAUGGCAUCUGUUCCUGUGUAUUGCUUAUGCCGACUUCCUUACGAUGUCACACGGUUCAUGAUUGAGUGUGAUGUUUGUCAAGACUGGUUCCAUGGAAGUUGUGUUGGAGUGGAAGAAGAUAAAGCAGCAGAAAUUGACCUGUAUCACUGCCCUAACUGUCAGGUGACACAUGGACCCUCUGUUAUGCGUAAACGGCGUGGGGGCUCUAAGCAGUCUGAGAGUGGAGCAGUUGGGCGAGAGUCAGGGCGGCCUGUGAAGACCGGUAGUGCGCAGUUUGUUAGAGAGUUGCGCAGCCGAACCUUUCCAAGUGCUGAUGAGGUCCUCCUGAAGCCAACAGGAGCUCAACUCACAGUUGACUUUCUAGAGGAGCGCUCCUUCAGUGUUCCAGUCUUAGUCUUGAGGAGGGAUGGGUUGGGCAUGAGCCUCCCUCCAUCAUCUUUCACUGUGUCUGAUGUUGAGCACUAUAUUGGAAGUGACAAGGAAAUUGAUGUGAUUGACGUGAUCCGUCAGGCAGACCUGAAGAUGAAACUUGGGGAUUUUGUUGCAUACUAUAACAGCCCCAACAGAGAUAGAGUGCUCAAUGUGAUAAGCCUGGAGUUCUCAGAUACUAGGUUGUCUAACCUGGUAGAGACACCAAAGAUUGUGAGGAAACUCUCAUGGGUGGAAAACCUCUGGCCAGAGGAGUCUGUGUUUGAGAGGCCAAAUGUGCAGAAGUACUGCCUGAUGGGCGUGAAGGACAGCUACACAGACUUUCACAUUGAUUUUGGUGGAACCUCUGUAUGGUACCAUGUGCUGCGGGGUGAGAAGAUCUUCUACUUGAUCCGUCCUACGCCUGCCAACCUGGCCCUCUUUGAACGCUGGAGCUCUUCCUCCAAUCAAAAUGAGCUCUUCUUUGGGGACCAAGUGGACAUGUGCUAUAAGUGCUCACUCAAACAGGGAAACACUCUCUUUAUCCCUACUGGUUGGAUCCAUGCAGUUCUCACCCCUGUUGACUGUCUGGCGUUUGGGGGAAAUUUCCUUCAUAGCCUCAACAUUGACAUGCAGCUUCGGGCCUAUGAAAUAGAGAAGAGACUCAGCACAGCAGACUUGUUUAAGUUUCCUAAUUUUGAGACUGUGUGCUGGUAUGUUGGCAAGCACCUGCUUGACACCUUCAGAGGCUUAAGGGAAAAUCGUCGGCAUCCUGCCUCGUACCUUGUCAAUGGAGCCAAGGCUCUUAAUAAUGCCUUCCGAAGCUGGACGCGCAAAGAGUCUUUGGCUGAACAUGAGGAUGAGAUACCUGAGACUAUAAAGACCCAGCAACUGGUGAAGGACCUGGCUAAAGAGAUCCGACUUGUGGAGGACAUCUUCCAGCAGAAUAUUGGCAGAAGUGGGGCUCCCUUUGGUGGCGCACAAGGCCUUCCCUCUCCUCAUCCCAAAGCUCCAUUAACUACUCCUCUCAACUCUGGCAGACCCCCAGGUAAAAAAAGGGGCCCCAAACCUAAUGAUAUGGCUGGAGGAGGGGGAGUAGGCCCUCCAGGGACAAAGAAGAAGGGCCAGAAAGGGAAGGAGAUGAAGACGGAGGCAGGAGAGCUGGAUAUGCUUGAGAUUCAUACUAAACACACCCUCAAGAAAUUCCAGCCAGGAAAUAAAGCCAAGAACAAGAGCAAGCUGGACCUGCCUGGUGCCUGCCUGGAUGACUUUGAUGGGAAAAUAAAUAAGAGCAAGCUCAAAUUGGUCCUAACCAACGGCAAGAUACAAGGGAAGAAAGGUGGCCGCUCAAGUAGCGCUAAUGGAGCAGGGCGCACUGCUCAGUUUCAGCCUCUAACAAGCAGCUCAGCUCUUUCAGACUUCGAUUCUGAAGAUGAGCUUCAGAUUGAUGAAAGCCCCCCUCCUCGCCGCAGGCCAGCUGUACCCAGCAAGAAAAAACUGGCUGGUCUUCCCAGGAAACUACCUCGUGCAAAACCAUGCACUGACCCACAUAGAGUCAGAGAACCUGGGGAGGUGGACUUUGACAUUGAGGAGGAUUACACCACAGAUGAAGAAAUGCUCACUGUUCAGGGAGUGAAGGGGGGUGCUGGAGGAAUUCUGGACUUGCUCAAAGCCAGCAAACAGGUGGCUGGCCUGGACCCAGCCCUCAGUGAGGAAGCUCCAGCUUCUCCCAGUACCCGUGAUGCGAUCCAGGGCAUGCUGUCCAUGGCCAAUCCUCCUUCUUCAUCUUCCUCCUCUUCUUCAUCAUCCUCGUCUUCCUCCUCCUCGUCUUCUUCUUCUCCUCUCUCUAUGUCUGGAGGGGGUGAGGCACUGAGGGUCAUGAAUGAAAAAGGCAAGAGAGCUGCAUGGGUGAGUGGCACGCAGAAAAAGGGUGAGAAGAAAGCCACCAUCCAGAGGCCAGGCAAACGACCCAUUAAAAGGCCUGCCAGGCACCUAAGUGACGAGGAGAGCCCAGAUGAGCAGGAGACUCUGGGCACCUGUUUCAAGGACUCGGAAUAUGUGUACCCUUCAUUAGAGUCAGAUGAGGAGGACCAUACACUGAAGUCUAAAAUGAAAAGAAAGAGGAACUGGGAUGAUACACCAUGGAGCCCUAAAGCUCGCGUAACCCCCACCCUUCCCAAGCAAGAGAGACCGGUGAGGGAGGGCGUCAGGGUGGCAUCGGUGGAGACUGGGCUUGCUGCUGCUGCUGCCAAACUGGCACAGCAGGAGCAACAGAAGACCACAACCAAGAGAAAAUACACAAAAAAGAAGAUCCCUCAAGAGAAGGCCCACACAGCAGCAUCACAACUUCAGCUACAGCCAGACUGCAGCCCAAUGUCCCCCUCACUGCCCCCUGAGCCUCCAGUAGACUGUAUCACUGAGGAGAGGAGAGUGGAGGCUUACUCUGCCAGCCUGCUGGACCAUGAGUACACAGCGGGACCUUUUGGCCCAGGUGGUCCCAGAGGAAGUGCUGCCAUGGCCCCAGGGGUGUUCCUCACAUCAAGACGACCUUCUCUUUCACCUCAAAACAGCAGCAACUACUCCCCAUCUACACCCUCACCUGCUGGGCUGGCAAGUCCUGGGUCUGCCGGGGCAGGACAAGGGAAACGUCCAAAGAAAGGACUUGCUACCGCUAAACAGAGACUGGGAAAGAUUCUGAAAAUACACCGCAAUGGCAAGCUUCUUUUGUGAGAGGACUUUGGAAAAGACAGUAAUGAUGUGUGGGGAAGAAAUGGGGCAACGGAUGACGCAGGACGAUGAAAGAGGACAGACUGGCUGAAAAAGACGCUGUGUGACUGAAUGUGAGAGAACAAAGGAUGGCAUGACUGAUUUGACUAUUGUGAUUGUGACUUUUUCAUGUAAAAUGUGCUAUUCAUAAUUUUAAGCUCAAUACCUCCUCUUUUUAGCAUGCUUUUGUUAUUACUCAUUUAUUUAACGUUUUAGACAUCAGUUUGUCUGUUAAUCUGUUAUUACAUGCUAUUUACCUAUUGUAAAACAAUAACUAAAAGCUACAAAGCACUUAAGGGAGUUAGUGCGGAUAUGGCUUCAGUCUUCAUUACUAUAAUAUUUCUGUUUCGGCUACGUAAUUGGUAUGUAUAGUAACCAAACUGUAAAUUUGGCCUCUACAGUUACUUGCUGUUAAAUAUGAAGCCCUGUUAUUUUUAACCUAACAGUGGUUUAGUUUUCAGGUGAUUAGCACCCAAACUGAGCGGAUUUGGAGAAGGGUGAGUGUGUUUAAUAUAUGUAUGCAGCAUUUUCUAGUAGCAAGUCAAGUAAUGGUAGAAAUAUGAGGAAGCAGGACUUAAAGCAUUCUUUGUGUCUAAUAUAAUCAGUCCCAUUUGCUUCAUUCAGUUCCUUAGUGAAAUUGUACAGACCUCAGAUGACACUGAGGAAUUCAUGGUGAUUAGUUUCAUCUGGACUACUACUAAAGUAAUGAAGGCUAAAGCUAAAUUGGAGCAGUCAACAAGUGUGAUGUAAUGCUGUCCGUCAAAGGAUAAAGCAAAGGAAACAUUUUUCAUUUCUCAAGGUCUAUAAAGAUAAUGCUGCUUGAAUAGAUUCAGCUCACUAUGGCUCUAUCAAGCAUAAGGAUCUGACAGUUGUCUGUCUGUGUAAAAUGUCGUCAUCAGUAAACACCCUCUUAUUCAUUGAUCUCUUGCCUUUCAGCAGAGGUUUUGACAAGUCCUGUGUCUGUAGCCCCAGCUAAAAAAGAAAUGAGUGGGAGGUCAUGUUCCUUUCAGAUAGUUUAUAAGCAUAUCAGUUAAUGUACCAGGUUUUUUGUUUCUCUUUUUCAUCACUUUAAACAGAACCCUUGUUUGCAGCUUUAGGGAUGAGACCAUUUUGGCAAACUUGCUGGUGAUGACUUUUACACAAGCCAACAUGCGCUCUUCUUCAGUGUAUAGAAGUUUCAAGCAUUUAUUAUGCAGCUUUUAUUUUCCAAAGUCUGCUGACUUUUGGUCAGGGGAGUGUAAUUAAAUAAGCAGUCCUGCUAUUUCUGACAGAUUUUCAAAUCAAACUAAAUAUUUCACUGUGAAUGCUUUUCGCCAGCACGAUCAUCUUUUUUCCACAUGGUUGGUGCGCAUAACGUACACAUAAAUUGGUAGUGAUUGUGUAUUGAAUAGUAAUAUUUGUUUGCAGCUGAUUUAAGAUCUCCCAACAAACAAACAGUAAAAGCAGUCCUACCCUUAGCAUCUGUAAUGCUCUAGGUUCUAACGAGUGCGCAUUUGUCACUGUUUGCUUUUAUGUGUCAUUUUUACCAUAAUCACAAUGUAUUUCUACUGAUUAAUGUAUUUCAGCUCUGUAAAUACACAUUUUUAGUCACUCAGCACAGACAGUAGGAUGUCUUAAUGUUGUCUUGCUCUUCGUUUCCCCUGUUUGCCUCCAUUUAUUUGUUUAAAUGUAGUUUUCUGCCAGCUGAUAUCAGCAGGAGUGGUGUGGUACCUUUUAGUAAAAUGGUAAUGCAUCUAAAACGGAAAUUAGUGUAGUGUCAUGACAAAGAUUUGAAGGGGUGGGGUAUUAAAGCUUAGUGUACAUAAUUGGUGUAAUUUUGUUAUAGCUACAAUGAAAGGUUUGUUGCAUUUGAAUCUUUCUUAACAUACCUUGUACAAAGAUACCUUAAUGUUUUGGGAAAUGUGUGAAAGUUUAACAGCAAGCUGUUUAGACAUUUUUAUUUGUAUAGGGUAAAUAUGUUAUUUUUGGUUGAUGUUUUAUGACAUUGGUAAGGUGAUAAUGAAGUUAAUGUAUUCUAUAGUUUUGCCAGUUUAUUACUGUUCACUCUUUGCUUUACCCCCUCACCAAUAUAAACUGUAUUGUCAACAUAUUUUAGUUUUUUAAUAUUCAUUCUAGAGGGAUUGAAUACGUUCUUACUAAAUCUGGAUUAAGUUUUUUUAUUAUUUUAACUUUUUGAAGUCUCCUCCAUUGGCUCGUAUGACAAAAAAAGAAAAAUAGGAAUUCUGAAAAGUGGGCCUGUGCAAACCUCCUUUUUAUGCAGAUGGCCUCCCCAUGUCCAACUUCUAAUCAUGUGAUCAAGGAUAAACUGAAAUGAGAAACGUUUGGUCAUCACAGUCAAUCAGAGGAAAAGGUUAUUUUCUUGUAUUUUUCUUCUUUUCUUCUGCCCUUUAAGACCAAUUAAACUUCCCAUUGAAUUUUAGUUAUUUGUUUCUCUGUCCUCACCUCUGUUGUAUUUUGAUUUGUGCAAGUUGUUUCCAGUUGUUUUCUGUUUUUGUCUUGGAAAAAAUGGUCCAUGUUUUUCACCGCAAUUCCUCUCAGGGUUUAUUUUGUAUCUCAAAUAUCAUUUUGAUGGAAUACAAAAAGACGUCAAACGUAGUGCGUCACCACUUUAAAGCACGCCAUAAAUUGAGUCCGAUGCAUAUUGAAAAUUAGACAUGUUGACAUUUUCCCAGCCAGCUAUUGUCUACACCAUUUGGUUGAUAAUUUGAAAGGUUUGAACAGAUUUUUUCAAAUGAGCUCAAUUAAAGGAUAUUUUUUAACGUUG